UCCCGCCGUUACUUGUAAGUCAUCACACGCGAAAAAAUGCCUCGGAAGCCAAAAAAAUGGAGAAACCAGUUCACCGAAUCACCGUAGUAAUCAAACGGAUAGUCACGAGAAAUGCACCUCGUUUCUCAUCUUCUCCCUCCACAAAACCCUAAAUGCAGUCCAAUCUUCUCGCAAGUGUCGCUUCGGAAUAGCUACUGCAUUCCUGAGCUUGGCCGCGUUUCCACAAAGACUCCCUCUGUGAAAUGCCGCCACUCAGAGAACUUCGAACAGCAGAGGUUCACCAGACCUUCAGAAGACUCGUUCGCUCCACAGUCUCCAGAAGUCUUGCCUCCUCCAAGGGUUUUCGUUGGUCAUUCCAUAUACAAGGGGAAGGCAGCUUUAACAGUAGAGCCAAAGGUUCUAGAGUUUGUCCCUUUAGAUUCAGGAGCAUUUAAGUUAUCGAAAGAGGGGUUUGUGCUUCUUCAGUUUGCUCCUGCAGUUGGUCUUCGACAAUAUGAUUGGAGCAGAAAGCAGGUAUUCUCACUAUCAGUGACUGAAAUUGGAACGCUAAUAAACCUUGGUGCAAAGGGGUCAUGUGAAUUUUUUCAUGACCCAUUCAAAGGAAAAAGUGAAGAAGGAAAAGUUAGGAAGGUCUUGAAAGCUGAACCCCUUCCAGAUGGCUCUGGGCAUUUCUUUAAUCUCAGUGUCCAGAACAAGCUCUUGAAUGUGGAUGAAAGUAUCUAUAUUCCGAUUACCAAAGCAGAGUUAACGGUUCUCGUAUCAGCUUUUAAUUUUAUCUUGCCAUAUCUUAUUGGUUGGCAUGCUUUUGUGGAUUCCAUCAAACCAGAUGAUCCUGGUCGUGUCAGCAACGCCAGUCCUAACUAUCAGGCUGACUUGGAGUGGAGUAGAUAGUAUUUCUGAUUUUCUGUCAACAGAAAGAAAGGGAAUACUGAAACACCUCGGGAUUUUAGUAGCCUUCGCUAUUCCAUCUAAAUCAAUUUAUACCAAAUCUAUCCCGGAGAAAGCCUGGCAGAAGCUUUGGCAACAGAAACGAGGAGUUACCGCAAGAAAAUGUUGGCUUUUGGACCUUGUGGAUAUAUGGAUUAGUGAUGGUUUGUUCUAGAAUGAAGGUUUAACUGGCAACGUGUGAUACAAUGUUAAAAAGUUUGAAGUUUUGAGAGGAUUAAUUUUUAUGGUGACCAGCCAGCCGAAGUUUUUGCUUCA